UAUCCUAAACAUCACACUGGUCGCACACUCUCUCCUCAGUCUCAUCUCCUCCUGAUCAUACUUCAACCUCCACAUGGCUUCCGUCGCCGCAAGUCCCGCCUUCUCCCUCCUCAGGUCCACCGGAGCCGCCGCAACUCGCGCGCGCGCCUCCCUUCUACCAGUCCCCUCCUCCAAAUCCAUCAUCUCCACGCGCCCUCCUCUCGGCUUCUCCGCCGUCCUCGACUCCCACCGUUUCUCCCUCCACGUGGCCUCGAAGGUUCGCUCAGUGCGCGGGAGAGGGAGCAGGGGAGUCGUCUCCAUGGCGAAGAAGAGCGUGGGUGACUUGAGCUCAGCUGAUUUGAAAGGGAAGAAGGUUUUCGUUAGAGCUGAUCUGAAUGUGCCUCUCGAUGAUAAUCAGACGAUUACUGACGAUACGAGGAUCCGUGCCGCAAUUCCGACGAUCAAGUAUUUGAUUGACAAUGGUGCUAAAGUCAUCCUCUCUACUCAUCUGGGAAGACCAAAGGGAGUGACACCAAAGUUCAGUUUAGCUCCUCUUGUCCCUAGGCUGUCUGAACUUCUUGGUAUUGAGGUCAAGAAAGCUGACGACUGUAUCGGUCCGGAAGUGGAGAGCUUGGUAGCCUCUCUCCCCGAAGGUGGAGUUCUGCUUCUUGAGAACGUCAGGUUUUACAAGGAGGAAGAGAAGAACGAUCCUGAGUUCGCUAAGAAGCUCGCUUCACUAGCUGACCUUUACGUCAACGAUGCUUUUGGUACUGCUCACAGAGCUCAUGCUUCCACCGAGGGAGUCACAAAGUUCUUGAAACCCUCAGUUGCUGGUUUCCUUCUUCAAAAGGAGCUUGAUUACCUUGUGGGCGCUGUUUCAACCCCAAAGAGACCGUUUGCAGCCAUUGUUGGUGGUUCCAAGGUGUCGUCCAAGAUUGGAGUCAUUGAAUCGCUUCUUGAGAAGUGUGAUAUCCUUCUUCUUGGAGGUGGAAUGAUCUUUACGUUCUACAAGGCACAAGGUCUUUCUGUUGGCUCGUCACUUGUUGAAGAAGACAAACUUGAGUUGGCUACGUCUCUCCUUGCUAAAGCUAAGGCUAAAGGCGUCUCUCUUUUGUUGCCAACCGAUGUUGUGGUUGCUGACAAGUUCGCCCCUGAUGCCAACAGCAAG